GCAGUGAAUGGUGGGCCAGAGGUGAAGGAUUUAAACCCAGUGCCAGGAAGAAUGAACAAGGUUCACUAUGGAUAAUACAAAUGAGAUUUCUGUCGGAGGACGGGGAAAGGGGAAUCUCGGAUGAGGUAGUAAAAAGCCCCUAAUCUCUGACUCUUAAGCCCUUCACCAGGAGGAAAGCACCAUUUCCUGAGCUGCUUCACCCCAACUGGCUCCUGGAAGUACAGAUCUGACUCACUUGCCUGAUUAUUAAUCUGAUUUCCAAGGAUCUGGAGGAGAAUUUCUGGCUUGGUGCCAGGAAGCGCAUUAGAGACAUUGACUUUCUGCCCACUGGCCAUGCAGGGACAUUCUCUCCCCUCUUACUGACAAUAAUGGAAAACCCAGCAAAGGGGCAGAGGAUUUCUUAAUGAGGACUCCAUGUGUUUAACCCCUGCGGAGCCCUUGGGAACAGCACUGGAGAGUGUUAGGUGAUGUUGUGGAGGAUCUAUCUGAAGGCUCAGUGAGGGACCCGCUUUUCUGCCUAAAGAGCAGAGCUACUGGAUUUAAACCUUUGGGAUCAGCUGUUAUUAAGCAAUGCACUUGGAAUUCCAGGUGCAUUGCUUUGCUGCAGCACCCUGAUGUGAGACCCUUGAGAGCUGAGAUUGUCUAUUGAUUUGUCCUUUCAGGGACUUUUUAUGGGGGGUUGUUCCUGGUGGCCUUGGUGCUUUGUCUAUAACUGAUGAGCCUCUUCACUCAGCCCAUGGGCCUCCUCCCUUGAAGUGAAACAAGGAGGCGCAAGAGAGAGAGAGAGGGAGGGCAGCUCACCUCACCAUGGUGCUGCCGCCGCCUGACAAGCGCCACGUGUGUCUGACCACCAUUGUCAUCAUGACCAGCAUGGCCUUCAUGGAUGCCUACCUGGUGGAGCAGAACCAAGGGCCACGGAAGAUUGGUGUCUGCAUCAUUGUCCUGGUGGGAGACAUCUGCUUCCUCAUUGUGCUGCGCUAUGUGGCAGUAUGGGUGGGCGCUGAGGUGAAAACAGCCAAGCGGGGCUACGCCAUGAUCCUGUGGUUUCUCUACAUCUUUGUGCUGGAGAUUAAACUGUAUUUUAUAUUUCAGAAUUACAAAGCAGACAAGAAGAAUCUGGAGACAGUGGCCAGGAAGGCCUUGACCUUACUCCUGUCCAUCUGUGUGCCAGGGCUCUACUUGGUGCUGGUUGCCUUGGACAGCAUGGAGUACAUAAGAACCUUCAGGAAGAAGGAGGAUCUGCGGGGACGCCUCUUCUGGGUGGCCCUGGACCUGCUGGAUAUAUUAGAUAUUCAGGCCAAUCUAUGGGAGCCACACAAGACUGGGCUUCCCAUCUGGGCAGAAGGGCUCAUGUUCUUCUAUUGUUACAUACUGCUCUUGACCCUGCCUUGUGUCUCUCUUAGUGAGAUUAGCAUGCAAGGGGAGCACAUUGCUCCGCAGAAAAUGAUGCUGUACCCUGUGCUGAGCCUGGUCACCAUCAACAUUGUCACCAUAUUCAUCCGGGCCAUUAACAUGGUCUUGUUCCAGGACAGCAGGGUCUCCACUAUCUUUAUUGGCAAGAACAUCAUUGCCAUAGCCACCAAAGCAUGCACUUUCUUAGAGUAUAAGAAACAGGUGAAAGAAUUCCCCCAGAAUGCUAUUGCCCUGGAGCUCCAGCAGAACUCAAUCUCUCACAAUCAGACUAUCCACAGUACACAGGGAAUUUCUCAUGAGCAGUCACCCACCAGGGAAAUUCUGGAUACAUGACGGAUCACCUCCAGACAUCAGCAUUGGCUUGCAUUGCAUUGGGGGGUGUAGGGAGGUGAGAAGCUGCUCUCUCAUUGUAUGGGGCGUGCGUGAUGGAUGAGUCCCAACAAGGAGAGCUCUCCCAGGCACAAAACACUUACCAAGUUUUAAUCAAACUAUGGAGUGUUUCCUAGACCUCUUCAUCUCAGGUAUAGCCCUAGGAAUUCUCCAGAAUAACCAAAUGAACUUGCAAAAGACCAGAACCAGCUACGCCUCUGUUUUCCUUCCACUCACUCCUCCCCUGCCCAACCAAGUUCCCUGAUGCUGAGAUUUGUCUCUUUGUUCCUUAAGACUCUCACCUUUGCUCCAAGUCAGAAAUGAAGAUAUUGCUACCAGAGUUCUUUGUAUGGAAUGGGAAUGGGCGGGAGGGGCGUUUGCACCAGUUAAUCCUGUGAUUAUAGAUGUGUCUUAUUUCAAACUGUUGUGUUUACUGUUCCCUAUUUAUAACUGUCUCUUUUUUUAUCUUUUCUGGGAAUCCCCAUUGUUGGGUCUGGUUUCUUUUGGUUUGUAAUCCACUGGAACAGCUCCCUUUGCUAUUUGUCCCAGCAGGAACAACACAAAAAGUAGCACCCAAUACAAUAAACAGCUAUGUCUCUCCUCUCAUUCUCUUGCUACUCGGCUCAGGCUGCUGGUUGGGAAGCAGGGAUAUCCAUCUCUGCUAGUGCACUAAGCCAACUCAGCGGGGAGCAGUAUUUGACAAGCUAAUGUUAAUCUAAUGCUGGUGUUUUAUGUAUCUUGUUCACUUCAGAUGACGCAGCACAAUAUUUCUAUUUUUAGAAGGAUCUCUCUCUCUCUCGCUCGUGCUGGCAGUGCGAACACUCCUGACUACAACAGAUGGUGCAGUGCAGCUGCCCUGGUGAAUCCAACCAGGGCCAACAUGAGUAGAAGCAGAUGCCAAGGAGAGCUAAUAAUAAUGACGAUGAUGAUGCAUUUCACUCCAGCAUCAGUGUUUAUAAAGAGGGCUGCUUUCCACAGCUACUAUAUUUUUAAAAAUAAAAUAUUUCCAUAAAACGGAAAGAAGUGCUGCUUGAGCCACAUGACCAUGGGAGGGCUGGGAACCAGCACCAUGGACAGAUCUUCUCCCCUUUCAGCAUGGCAAAUGGCUCAUACAAGCAGCUGUGGGGCAGCUGAAUAAUAAAAAUAAAAACUCAGUGAGAACAAACGGAUCUGUAGUUUUGUGUCUGUGUUUGGCGGCAUGUGGAGGGUUUGUAGUACUGCAACACUGCUGGUGUCCCAUCUCAUUUGGGAUCACCUGAACUCACAGCAGUUCCUGCCCCAACAUUCCAAGCUCCACAGCAUCUUCUCUUGCUACUCCAUCCUGAUUCCAGAGCACAUGGCUGUGCUCUCUUCUCCCCAGAGAGCAUGAUCAUGAUGCAUCUCACGGCCUCCCCCAGGUGCCAUAGCUUGCUCGUUCUGCUGCCUAGAGCUAGCUAAAAAAAAAAUUGAUGGAACAGUUUUCCAUCAGAAAAUGCUAUUUCAUCGAUUGCAAAA